CCGGCGUCGCGUCGCGUACCUGUCGUGACGUCAUCGCGUCGCUCGCGUCGUGUGGUCACGUGGUCGAGUAGUAUCAAUGUCAUAGUGAACUGUCCAUCUGUUUGAAGUAAAAACAGUUCCAAUGAUGACAGCGAGUGAAUUAUUCCGUUGGUGGUAAAAAGACUCAAAAAUGACGUCAUCAAAGACUAAAGUUCGGAUACAAACCGGAUGAUGACGUCAGUUUCCGGAAGUGAUCACGAUAAUCGGAUGUGGAUCAUACAUACCGGAUGUGGUUACCGUCACCGUAUGUGGAUGAUUUUGGUGCUUAUUCUCCUUCUGGAUUCGGUAAAAGGAGAUGAAGGAGCGCCACCAUGGAUUACAGAACACCCUGUAGACACUGUGGUACCUCGCCAUGAGCCCGCCACCCUCAACUGUAAAGCGGAGGGGAGACCAUCCCCUACAAUUACAUGGUAUAGGGAUGGAGAACCACUCACGCCGGCAGCGCAUAGGGUACUCCUCCCCGCCGGAUCCCUUUUCUUCCUCCGAGUGGUCCACGGUCGCAAGGAGACGGACGCCGGCGUCUACUGGUGUGAGGCGCGGAACUCCGCAGGGUCAGCUAGGAGCAGAAACGCUACUUUGGAUGUCGCAGUUCUGAGGGAGGAGUUCCGUAUCCAGCCCAACAGCCAGAGAGUGGCCCAAGGAGAGACCGUGGUACUGGAGUGUUCUCCCCCCAGAGGACACCCGGAGCCGACGGUCCUCUGGAGGAAGGACGGCCAGGUGCUGGACCUGGACAACAACCACCGGCUACAGAUUGUGGAUGGAGGCAACCUAGCUAUCCAGGAGGCACGACCAGGGGACGAAGGAAGGUACCAGUGUGUGGCCAAGAACACCGUUGGCUCCAGGGAGUCCCAGGUGGCCCAGCUUAAAGUCCAUGUGAAGCCCCAUCUCCUGAGAGGCCCCAAGGACACGGUGGCUCUGGCAGGAGCCAGUGUAGUGUUCGCUUGCGAGGCUGCAGGAGACCCGCCACCGGACGUGCUAUGGAGGCGAACCGCUGGAGGUGGAAGCAUGCCUUUAGGCAGGGUCCACGUUUUGGAAGAUCGUAGUCUCAGGCUAGAUUCUGUGGUACCAGAGGACGAGGGCGAGUACAGUUGUGAAGUUGACAACGCUGUUGGAAGUUUAACAGCCUCAGCAACACUGACUGUGCAUUCACCACCGGCGAUCAUUUCGCGACCCGAGGAGUUGACCGUCGCCACAGGAGAAACGGCGCAGUUCCAGUGUGAGGCGCAGGGAAAACCUUCUCCUUCGGUGUUCUGGACCGUCCAGGGGUCCAGGGUGUUGCUGUUCCCGGGGGAGACUGCUGGAAGGUUCACCGCAUCCCUAGGAACCGACGGGAUCAACGUACUCUCAGUGCAGGAGGUAACCAGAAACGACACCGGCCUCGGGGUGGUAUGUAACGCCAUCAACUCCGCCGGCUCUGACAGCUGGGCUGCCAGACUGACGGUGACUCAAGGGUUUCAUCCUCCUCCGGUCAUCGUCCUCGGCCCGGCCAACCAGACACUUCCUUUGGAGACGGAGGCCAGCUUUCAGUGCGAGGUUCGCGGUGAGCCAACACCACAAGUGACAUGGUACAAGGACCAUUCCCCAGUGCUCACGAUGCAUCCCAGGAUCUCUGUGUUGGACAAUGGCACUCUUUACAUUGAAGAUCUGCAGCGGACAGACGAGGGCCUCUAUACUUGUGUGGCCGCAUCUCAACACGGCAAGGCUACUUGGACAGCCAAGUUGCGGUUGGAGUCCCUCAGGAACUCUGACAUAGCGUUCUUCAGGAGUCCCACCCUGGCCGCCCUCCCAGGCCCGCCCAGCCGCCCUCUGGUGGUCGCCGCCCACCGCAGCUCCGUCACCCUCUCCUGGAGCCGCCACUCGCAGAUAGGAUCGUCAUCCCUUCUAGGCUAUCAGGUGGAACUGUCAGGACGACCUGUUGGUGGUGAGCCUGGAGGUCACACAGUGGGAUGGGUGACCGUGGCUCACAGGGUCCCUGGUCCUACUCACGCUCUUCACCACCUUCUGCCUAACAUGACCUACGUCUUCCUUGUCAGAGCUGAGAACGCCCACGGGUUCUCUCCCGCCAGUCCGCUCUCAUCCCCCGUCACUCUGCCGGAGCAAUCAGCUGAUCUGCCUGAGGAAGUGAGGGAAGCAAUGGCCACCCUUUCUACAGGCAACAUCUUGGAGCUCUCCUCUAUAUUUCCAAUCAGUUCUACAUCCAUCAAGCUAGGCUGGGAGAUACUGAUCUCCGACUUCGUGGAGGGAGUGUACAUCUACUCCCGGGGUCUCGACGUCAGAUCCAAGACGACCAACGCUCUCACGGUCCUUCAUGCUGGAGACACGUCAGGCUUCAUAGUGACAGGUCUGAUGCCUUACACCCGCUACCAGUUCUUCCUCGUCCCUUUCUACAAGCACAUCGACGGUCGACCGUCUAACUCGAGGACUGUUAGGACUCUGGAGGAUGUACCCACGGCAUCACCAACACAGAUGGAAGCACAGCUGCUGAACGGAUCAGCUGUGCUGGUCACUUGGAAACCUCCGCCUCAAUACACACAUCGCGGGGUUAUACGCUACUAUCAGGUGGUAGUGCGCGGAGGCCCAGCGCUCAACGGCACACUGCUGACGAACGUGACAGUGAAUGCUGCAUCUCCGUCGCUGCUGCUGACGAACCUCACUGCCGGGCUGAUGUACUUGGUACAAGCCGCUGCAGUGACCAGGGUAGGGUCGGGUCCAUACAGCAGCCCUGCCACUUUGAGGCUGGACCCUUAUAGUAGACUUCUCAACAACUACAGGUACCCCACAUUGGAACAACCCGAGUUCACCACGACGACUCCUAAGUUCGUGACGGAGACGUGGUUCGUGGUUGUUCUCAUGUCACUGGUCGCCAUCAUGUGUUUGCUGUUUGCUGCUCUUCUCUUUGUGCGCAGACGCCAGUUGGAUGCAAAGAUGACCGCUCUUCCAGAGCACACAGUGACAGUUCUGCAGGAGCCGAAACCGCUGUUGUCAGAGCCUCUGUCAGACUCCAAGGUCGCUGAGGUGAAGGUUACGACCCCGGACUACGCGGAGGUCACCCAUCAGCAACCCCCGCCUCAAUACCGCGAGAGGGAGAGGUCGUGUUCACCUGAACCGUACGCCAGUACAACCCUCGUCUCGCCUGUGGAACCGUCCAACCGAAUGAUGAGCUGGUCAGGCCAAGGGUCCAGUAGAGAGUUGUACAGAGGGUCUGAUAUGUACGGUCCAGGACGGCUGUACGAUCCUCACCAUUACCCUGGGAGCUACAACGGAGAGACCAGAACUCAUCAGGCGUAUAACUACCAGACAGGGAGUUGCUCCAACAGUCCUCUACUCGGCCGAGACUCUCAUGCAAGAGACCAAAGAACGGAAACUUUACGAAGACCUUCCAGACAUCGCCACAACCCUGUCCAUAGGUUUUACAAUGAUCGCCUAGGGGAGUACGUAGCCGUUCCCCAGUCUCCAGCACAUCCUCCUCCAGACGUAAUUUCCCCCACUUCUCUGCGGUGGAGGCUACAAGGUGUCGGGGUUGGAGGCUACACCAACCCCUCCAACACCCUCACCACCUUUACUCGAGGCUACAACCCAGUUUACCACAACUCUGCUAGAAGCGAACCCUCCAACAAGCAUUACCAGGCGAGGUUAUAGCAGCAACGCGUGCAGGACUGGUGUGACUGGAGACCUUGAUACACUUUGAGGACAUGGAGAACGGAGUCAAACUUGAAGAAUUGAGGAAGGUUGUCGAAAUUGAAGAUUUUGCCACCUUGACUGAGUGUUGUCAAACUUGAAAACUUGAACCGUAUCGUCAACCUUGAAGAAUGUUCUCAACCUUUAAGAUGGAAGAGAGUUGGUGAUUUGAAGACUUAAAAAGUCUUGUCAACUUUGAAGAUUGUUCACACCCUGUGAGGGUGAAGAUUGUUGUCGAGCUUGAAGACGUAAAAUUAGUGUUGUCAACUUUGAAGAUUAUUCACAACCUGUGAGGGCAAAGAGUGUUAUCAAACUUGAAGACUUAAGAAAGAGUGCUCUUAACCUUGAAGACCUAAAGAAUAUUUUCAUCCUUGGCAAUUUAAAGAGUAUGGUUAAACAUUAAGGAUUGCUGUCAACCUUAAAUACGUGAUGAGUUUUGGCAAUCUCAAACAUAAUCUUCAAUCUAGAGUAUUUCUCUCGACCUUGAAGAAUAUUUUUGACCGUGAAAACAGUCCUCAACUUUGAAGAUUUUUGAAGUACUGUCAACCAUUAAAGCUUGAUGAAUAUUCUCAAUCUUCAAUAAUUCAAGAGUGUUUUACGAUAAAGAUGGUCGUACAGAAGUUUCAUCAGAGACUCGAGUGAAAAUCCUGGGUUGUGUACUUUUACAAUGGAAAAUAUUAAAGAAAGUAGACAGGAUAUUCGAAAUUUUAUAAAUAUUUUUUAAGUUAUCAUAAUCAUUUAGGACUUAAAGAAAAUAUUUUCUUAUAGGCCUACGUUUAAUUUAAUUAAAGUUAGUGUAUAAAAUAUGCUACAACUUUUCUCUGAAAUGGAACAGCUAAGAAACUGUGGUUAACAGAAAAGUCUUGGUUUAAAUCAUUCAUUUUCAGUUCUCUCUUUGUAAUGUUAAGGAAACAUUUUUAGGGCUAAAUAAACAUCUAAUGAAUGUAUCUAAAAGUAUUGCCGCUUUAAAUUGUAUCACAAGAACAUAAGGUCCGUACCAAGCCAACAAUUGGGGCUUGGCGAACAUUUUGUUUUUAUGUUUCAAAUAUUUCUCUUAACCAUACAUCAGUAGCAUUUCUAAAUCUUCGAUAAAUAACUAUUUUAAUACUGAUAUGGUGCAAUAUCAUAUUGCAAAGUGCACAUGAUAAUAAAAACCAAGAAAAACUUAUGAUUUAUCGUUCUUAGGACAUUUUGUUUUUCAAAAUUGUCCAUCCGUCCACCUAGAAAUGGUCCAAUAUUUUACAUAUCAUAUUGGCUCAAGUUUAGGGAAAACCAGUAAAAAAAUCAGCCAAAUUUUCUCAUAAGCUUUUCAUUUAUUCAAUGAGUGUUUCAACUUCUCAUUUUGUACACAUAUCAUUUUUGUAUCUAUACUCAAUGUUAGGUUAAUGGUGUAAUUUUGUAAAAUAGACGAAACGUGUCUUUCUUCAUGCUUACGUCAUAAAAUCUUUGUCAAGUGUCUUUUCUUAGACUAAUAAAAUUUUGUGACUCUUUCGCUGCUGUUAUUUUUAUAAAAAGUUGGAUUUAUUUUUGUUUCAAACAAAUUUAGAUGUAAGAAUAUGUUGAGUAGUCUUGAUAAGCUUCGGGAUAGCUAUAGUUUCACCAUAGAUACGCACAAUAAUAGUUUUCAAAUAUGUUUUGAAAACACACAAAUCUAGCUUAGACCUGAGUAAAACAUAAUAAAUGUGCCAAACGUUCGCUGUCAAUUAAUGUACUGUCAUUUGAAUCGUUCUUUGGGUCUUUAUAAAUUGAUGAAAAUAGCACUAUUUUGUAAACAAAUUCCAGGUGUAGCCUUCUUAGGACCUCCAGCACAAUAAAAGAAACCACGCCAGAAUGUUAAACAACAUUGCCUGGUGUUUAGAAUUAUGUGUAAAACGAUGUUCAUGUAAUUAGAUCAAAUUUGUUGUAAAAAUCUAUCGAAACUAUUUGACUCUAGUUCUCAAACAAAAUUUAUACAAAUCGAUAAUUCGUUGGAGUCAAUUUUUUAUUGAAAUUGCAUCUAACUAGUAUUUUUAUAUGAACAGUUUAAAAGCAUAUUUUGUGUCUAAAAUACAAAAACCAUCAAAUGCAAGCUAUAUAAAUUAUUUAAAAGGUUUAUAUAGAUUUUUACAACACAAUUUACGGUUCUGGCAAAAGCACAAAAUUCCUUCACAUAUCUACAACACAUAUCAGAAUAGCUAGAAUACUAGAAUUGCACAAUGCAAUCCAUUAGUGUUGUAAAAAAAUGGGCUGAAGAAUAUCUGAAUGCAGACAAAAGUAUAUAAAAUAAUCAACUCUGUCCAGAAAUAUUAUUUGAAUUAUUUGUAUUUUCAAAUGUGUUUAGAAUUGUAUAGUUGGGCAGAUUAAGAAUAAAAAUAGAUCUUAUAGUUUUUCAAAAUUAUUCAACUGAUUUUUUUAUGGUUCGAUCUCCUACAACUAUAAAUCAUUAAUCAUGGUGAGGUUCAAUUCGAAUACAUUAUGA